AUGCCUUGUCAAAUUCAAUCAGAAACAACAGGAUUCGAUAUUUUCAAGUGGCUGUUAGAUAACAGAGAUCAUGAAAACAACAAUGUCAUUCUUGAUGUUGAUUAUUUGAUUGAUUUAGCAAAUCAAAACGGAAAUUUAGAGGCCCUCAAAUAUAUGUUUGAAAAAAAUAAUUUCUUAUACAGUGGAGAUGAAAUGAAUUUAAAGGAUCUAGCAAUCGUUGAAGGAGACAUUCAAAUGUUUCGAUACUUGGUGGAAAGAGAUGGCCUUUCCGAUGAAUAUUGUCUAUGUUUGGCUCAUCAAAUGCUAUCACCAUAUUUGCCACUUAGGAAAUCAAUUAGUUCUGCUAUUAAGAAUGAACAUUUAGAUGUAUUAACGUAUCUGUGUAGAUAUGCUACAACAAAAACUAGUGAACCUAGGGAUUAUAUCAAGUCAGCAGUCAAGUAUAACAGUAUGGAAGCACUGAUAUGGAUUCAUGAAAAUGUUCCAAACUGUGGCACCGUCACAUUCAUUUCUUUAUGCCAAGCAAUAGAGAAUCGUAACUUUUCAAUGGUUAAAUGGAUCAUUGAACAUUUGAGCGAAGUUGAUUUUGUAUCUAUCAACGAAAACAAUAAUAUCAACUUUGAUAAAUUUGUAUUUUAA